GCUCCCGAUUCUGCCAGUUUCACGCAUUGGCAUUGUCAGUGCUGCAUCGUCACGAAAACCCAUACCACCAGAUAUCCGAGACCGACGCAUGGGCAAUUUUCAACUCCGCUGAAUUGCCUGACACAUCAACCCACUCAGCCAUUGUGGCCGAUCUGACUCGGACUCAAAGCAUAAAAAAAAGGCGCGUCUUUCUAGCCCCUGGAACAGUCCCAAAAGAUAUACCCAGCCCUUCCCUGUCAACAACUGGCUGCGAGACUUUCUCUAAGAAACCACAUCACGAUCGGCACAACAAGUCAAUCGGCAUUGCUGCUCCAGCCCUGCAUGAGCAAGUCUCCCAGAGCCCUAGACCCAAAUGGUAUGUUACCAUCACGCUUUGAGCAUUCCUUCCCACCUCUCACCACUCCCACACUACAUUCCUCCUACACUCACAUCAACAUAUCCGAUAGUAAAGUGCAAUCAAUAUCUAAUCGAUAGCCUACCGCAGUUCCUUACUAGUCCUUCCUUCCAACUUACUUAGCAAGGGAGCCAAGUCAUUCAUAAUUUACGAUUGUUUGUUCUAAAGUACUUCACAACUGGUCGACCACAGCCUUGGGGCAUUGAAGAAGAUUCGUUUGAGAAUCGGCUGAAAUUGAAAAGACAGAGAGAGACCAGGAACACCCAACCAGUAUUACAGUAGACAAGAACAAGCCAGCAUCCUAUGGUAGCAGUAUAGGAUGCCCAUUAUGGCGAUGGCCGACGAACAUCCUGAAAGAUCAAGUGUUCAUGUGGCACCUUUGACCAUACACAAGGAGAGAACAACAAGUCGAACCUCAAAUCGUUCACAUCACUCCAGAAAUAUGUCCUCGAAGGGCAGCAUUGGAACCGGUGUCUCGACGAAUACCCAAUCCCAAAUCACUCCCCCAGCAACACCGAAUGGCUCACAGGAAGAUCUCAAUCAACCAAUGGCGCCUUCAAAUCCUGUUUUCCACAAUUUCUUGCGCGCCUUUUACCCGUUUCAUCCCACAUAUACCAUCUCAGAUUCGACCGUGACGCUACCAUUGAACGAAGGUGAUGUGAUCUUGGUACAUUCGAUACAUACAAAUGGCUGGGCAGAUGGGACCCUGCUGGCGUCGGGCGCGAGAGGAUGGCUACCAACGAACUAUUGCGAGGCCUACGAACCGGACUCGAUGCGAAAUUUACUAAAAGCGCUAUUACACUUUUGGGAUUUGAUGAGGAGUGGGUUGACAUGCGAUAGUGAAGUUUUUGGAAACCAAGAAUUCCUGAGAGGAAUUAUAGCAGGCGUUCGAUAUCUACUAGUAGGUUUCGUCGAAGACGACUUGGAAAAGCAGUUUGUUGACCUCGAGGCAGGAAAAAUCAAGUUGUUUAACGCGUGAAUCGCCAGUCGUGCAAGGAAAUGACGGGCUUCGAAAGAAUCGCAAGGCUCUGUUAUCAGAUCUCUCUUCGCUCGUCAAGACAGGUAAGAGAUUACAGGAAUACACUGCUGGUCCUAGAUACGCACAAACGGACCAGGACGACGUAAACAAUACCAUCGAUGAAAUGAUACUGAAGGCCUUCAAAAUCGUCACUCGCGGGGUUCGAUUUCUGGAUGUUUUGGACGAAGACCUGCGGUCGCGUCAACCGGUUCAUCGGGUAAUGGCAACCGUCGCUGAGGAAGCUUACAACCCACCAACGCCUCCCGCGGAUUCAACGUCAUUUGAUGGUUCACAACAUGGAGACCCUGCAUACGGUGCAGCAUCCCGCAGGAUUUCGAGUCGCAGCUCGGCAAGCGGAUUGUCCUCACUGGCAUCCGAGGAGCAAACGAAGCGACUGUCAAACAAGCGCUUGUCAAGGCCAAUUUCUGCUCAGCUCAAGAGGCAAUCAACCAUAUCCCAUCGUAUGUCACUCGUGGCCUCUAUACCCGCUGCUCAGCGACAGAACCUGGUUUCCGAGAAGCUGAACGCGAGCCACGAUACAUUCCUCUCAUUCUUGGGUUCAUUUAUCGGACGGUUACACCUUCAGUCGCAAUCGGCAGCGGAACUUCUCAUAUCGGUUCGACAGUCUGUCACGGCAGGACGAGAAUUGCUCGUGGUGGUCGAGGCGGUUUGUGCACACGACCAUCAGAGCGACGAAGCUUUAGAGGCCUCGCGAAAUGCAAUGUAUGACCGUACCAACAAACUUGUGGUUGCGGCGCGUGAUGUUAUCAAGGCAUCUGCCAUUGAAGGGGAAGAUGUGGUAAUGCCCCAACAAAAUGGUGGAUUGCUUAUGGCUGCAACAAGUUGUGUCAAGGCGGCAGGAGAGUGCGUGGCGAGGACGAAGUUUGUCAUCGAGAGAAUAGGAGAUUUCGAAUUUGAGCCUCAAAAUGCGGGGCUUGGGAUUGAUAUCUCGUCCAUUGGCGUAGUGGUUGCGGAGAAGCCGGUUGAGGAACCCCAGGUAGAAAUCCCACCGGAGCCCACCAGUCGGCCACCACCGCCGCCUCUCAUCAUCCCAAGCCAUGAGAAACCUCUUCCUGACCUUCCGGAGAAGUCGCCUUCACCUACUGAUGCCAAGCCAAUCGCAGAAGGUGCGGUUGAGAGUGCAAGAAGACAAUCAACUGGGACCAAGAGAGAUUCCUUACUACCACCGCUUCCAAAGACGACAAGCCCAGCAGGGGAUGAUUACAGUCCUUCGGAAAAGUCUUCCCAGCACGACAAUGAUUUCCAAACCUCCUUUAGGUCGGGUAGCAUCGCAAUAUCAAGUUCAGGUACAAGUAGCACGUACCUCAGUGGUAUACGUGACUCUGAAUCUAGCAUGUUGUCACAAGCCUCGACGCGUGCCACCACACCAGAUCAUUCCGCCUACGUUCCACGGAGUCAACCCUCCAUUUCAGACUUGAGCAUCUCUGGCAGUCUAUCAACCCUUGCAGACGAGGUCGAUGAGGGCGAAUCGAAAAUGCUGGAAAAGACAUUUGCUCACGAACUACUCUAUAACAAAGAAGGUCAGAUUACUGGUGGGACUUUGCCGGCUCUGGUUGAGCGGCUCACUACCCAUGAUUCAACACCAGAUGCCAUGUUGGUUUCAACCUUCUACUUGACAUUUCGAUUAUUUGCCACGCCUGUCGAACUUGCUACUGCCCUGGUAGAUCGAUUCGACUACGUUGCAGAGAGUCCACAUAUUGCACGCCCAGUGCGAUUGAGGGUCUAUAAUGUAUUCAAAGGCUGGCUUGAGUCUCACUGGCGCGAUCUUACGGACCAUGAAUCUCUCACUGUCAUCGAGCCCUUUGCAAAGGAGAAGCUCGGAAAAUUUCUCCCUGGUGCUGGAAAACAAUUGCUGGAUUUGGCCAAUAAAGUCACCUCAACUGAAGGCCCAUUGGUCCCUCGCCUCAUUUCUUCCAUGGGAAAGACAUCCACCUCAAUUGCACAAUAUAUUCCCGCCGACACCCCCUUACCUACUCCACACAUGAGCAAGAGUUCAGUGCUGGUUUUGAAAAACUGGAAAAUGGGCGGCAGCAACCCUACGAUUCUCGACUUUGAUCCUCUGGAGCUGGCUCGACAGCUGACGAUCAAGGAGAUGAACAUCUUCUGUUCGAUCAUGCCCGAGGAGUUACUUGGCUCCGAAUGGACAAAACGAUCUGGGUCGAAUGCGGUCAACGUAAGGGCGAUGUCAACACUGUCAACCGACCUUUCUAAUCUUGUGGCCGACACCAUUCUUCAGUACGAAGACGCCAAGAAGCGAGCAACCAUCAUUAAGCAUUGGAUCAAGAUUGCCGCCAAGUGCCUUGAGCUCAACAAUUAUGAUUCGUUGAUGGCUAUCAUAUGCUCCCUCAACUCUUCCACCAUCAUUAGAUUGAGGAGAACUUGGGAUGUGGUAUCGCAGAGGCGAAAGGAUCUGCUUGAUGCUCUACAAGCAACUGUCGAGCCAGACAAGAAUUACGCAAUUCUUCGAAAAAGACUCCAUGACCACGUGCCACCAUGUCUUCCCUUCGUUGGAACGUACUUGACUGAUUUGACUUUUGUGGACGCUGGUAACCCUGACACAAAACAACUUCCUGGACUCGGUGGUUCUGAGGGAAUGCCUGUCAUCAACUUUGAUAAGCACACUCGAACAGCCAAAAUUAUUGGCGAAUUGCAACGAUUCCAGAUCCCUUACCGUCUGAUCGAAGUAAACGAUUUGCAGGAGUGGAUCCAAGCUCAAAUAGUCCGUGUUAAGUCGUCACCGGAACAGGAGAACGUGCAAAAGUACUAUCGCAAAAGUUUACUUCUCGAGCCACGCGAGACCAAGACGAGUCCAGUUGAGGGACAGAUGCCCUUUUCAAUGACUGGCCACAACACCAAGUUUGAUAUCUUUGGAUGGUCGCAUUCUAAGGAUCGGGAAAAGGCUAUGUCUACCUCUUCCUCCCUAUUUUGAAAUCCGAUAUCUACGGAUACCCCUUUACGAAUACCCUCUCACGACACACCACAACACACUUCAUGACGACCCACCGAUUGAUUUGAUACCCACUUUGAAUAGCGUUUUAGCGAAUGAUCUUUACGGGCUCGGCGAAAGCAGGCGUUACAACGGAUGGCUUACCCCCGAUCAUGUUUGAUUAUAGCCUGUUUUUUUCUUUUUCUUUGUUUCUUUUUUUCUUUUUUAAACUGAUUUCUGUCUUUUUUUGCUGCGACACAUUCUAUUGAUUGAUUGAAUAACAUUUCGCAUUCGCGGCUGGCUGCUACAUCGCAUGAACAACCUUGCUCCACUGGACACAAGAGCAACAGGGGAAUCGAGAUUUGGAGAAUUGGCGAAUUUCCCUGGGCCAUCGAAUCAUUGUAUACACACCAUUUGUUCCUAUCAUUGGAUGGCGACAGGCCCUCGCUUUGGCUUUUGAGCAUUGGCUUCCCUACGUUAUUUCCCCUAGAAUGGGGCGAAGGAGGAAAAUACGAUGGGAUCAUGUCUUGAGUCGGUGGGCGAACGAAAUCACUGGGAUUUUGAGAAGAAGUUUGGGCUCACGCCUAAAAAAACAUUUUUCUUCGGCUUUCUUUUGCUUGUAAAUAAAAGGCUUCCCGCGCUUCGACUUCUUCCGACCUGUUUUUCUUUUCUCUUGUACAGAAGGACGGACUGCCUAAUUUUUCUUACUAUGGCUUCUUUGUAUCAAAUUUGGCGCGGUUGUGUUUAAUGGCUGGCCUUAUCUUUAAAUGGAGGAAAGGAAAAUGAAAAAGAGGCGUAUGGCAUGGAAUGGCAGGCAUGGAUGGAAUUGGAAUGGAGUGGGUAUGGGGUAUAUGAUACCAAUUGCUUGCGCUCUGAAGGAGAAGUAAGCUGGCUAGCCUGACUUGGGGCUUGAUGUGUAAUGUUUGCU